UAAACGACCUUGAUGACUGGGAAUAUAUUCAGUUACUUACGUUACAGUGAGCAAAAUGGGAGAGAAGUCUGUGAAGAAAUUUCAUGGUCUCAAAAGAAAGUUAAAUGAUGGCUCUAAGCCGAAGGUGUCAACCAAAAAGCCCAAACUAUUACCGUCAAUUAGAUUAUCCGACCAGCCUCCUGCACGUAAGCCACAGUGGACAAAUAGAGAGCGUGUCCUCAUUAUGUCGUCGAGAGGCGUUUCCUACAUAGGCCGACAUUUGUUGAAAGAUCUAUUACACAUGAUGCCCCAUGGAAAGACAGAUUCGAAACUUGAUCACAAGAAAGGAAUAACGGUACUAAACGAACUAGCUGAAAUGAGCAACACUAAUAAGGUUAUUUAUUUCGAGGCUCGCAAGAAAAAAGACCUAUACUUGUGGCUUAGUUGUGUACCCAAUGGUCCAUCAGUUAAAUUUCUUGUUGAAAAUAUUCGUACUACUGCAGAAUUAAAGUUAACAGGAAAUUGUUUAAAAAGCAGUCGCCCUGUGCUUGCUUUCGAUCCGUCUUUCGAAGAGUCUGACAAACCUCACAUGAACUUGAUUCGUGAAUUGUUUAUACAAACUCUUGGUACUCCAAAUCAUCAUCCACGUUCUCAGCCAUAUAUAGACAAGACAUUUACGUUUGUUAACUUCAAUGAUCGUAUAUGGUUUAGAGUUUAUCAGAUUGCUGAGGAGAGUGGAGCACUAGUCGAAGUUGGUCCACGCUUUUCACUAAAUCCAAUACGUAUAUUUUCUGGAAGCUUUUGUGGUGCAGUACUGUAUUCUAAUCCAAAAUACAUUUCUCCUAAUUUAAUUCGAAGUACUCUAUUGUCUAGUAAACAAGGCAAAUACAUAGAACGUACACAUAAUAAAACGGAAACACGGAAGCGUAAAAAAGGAAUAAAAGAAAUUCAUAUAGUUGAUGAAUUAGAUGAAAUAUUUGAAUAAAAUUGUUAUUCUAUUUCUA